GAUCGAGAAGGAAGAAGAGGGGCGAGCAGAGCGGAGGAGGGAGAGGAGUGGUAGAGAGCGGGCGACUGAAAGGCGGGCAGCCCGCGGGAAGGAGGAAGAGGGAAGUCCCGGCCGGGGCUGAAGGACGGACGGAAGCCGAGAGGAGCCAGUGCCAAAGGCGACUGUAAGUGCGGAGGAGGAGGAGAAGAUGGCGGACGGGGAUAGCGGGAGCGAGAGAGGGGGCAGCAGUGGAGGAGGAGGAGGCGGCGGCCCCGGGAGCUUCCAGCAGCACAUGUCCAGGGACCAAGAGACCCAAGAGCUGGCCUCCAAGCGGCUGGACAUCCAGAAUAAGCGCUUUUACCUGGAUGUUAAGCAAAAUGCCAAGGGUCGCUUCAUCAAGAUCGCUGAGGUCGGAGCCGGGGGCUCCAAGAGCCGCCUGACCCUCUCCAUGGCGGUGGCCGCCGAAUUCCGCGACUACCUGGGCGACUUCAUCGAACACUAUGCCCAGCUGGGUCCCAGCAGCCCCGAGCAGAUCGCCCAGUCCUCGGGGGAGGAUGGCAUGGGAGGAGCCGCAGGCCCCCGCCGGGCCCUGAAGAGCGAGUUCCUGGUCCGAGAGAACCGCAAGUACUACCUUGACCUAAAGGAGAACCAGCAGAGGACGUCCAUCACAGUGGAUUCCAAGCGCUUCUUCUUCGAUGUGGGCUGCAACAAGUACGGCGUGUUCCUGCGGGUAAGCGAGGUGAAGCCCAGCUACCGCAAUUCAAUUACCGUGCCCCUGAAGGCCUGGGGCAAGUUCGGGGGCGCCUUCUGCCGAUACGCCGAGGAGAUGAAGGAGAUCCAGGAGAGGCAGCGGGACAAGCUGUAUGACCGUCGGGGCCCUGGAGGGGAGAGAAGCGGGGGCCUGAGCUCCGGGGGAGGAGAAGACUCGGAGACGGAAGAUGUGGAUGACGACUAAACCAAGAGAGGCAGAGGAGAAAGUGGGGAGGGAGGUCAGUGAGAGACACACACUUACACACACACACACACACAUCUAUGUACGACCUGGGGCUCCUCACAUGGGUGGCACUACAACUUCCAGCAGUGAAUUCUGCCCUGGGACUUGUAGUUCCACCUCCGUUGGGGAAUCACAGGCCGACUAAUCCUGAUAUAUACGGACAUAAUAUAAUUAAAGUCCACCUCUCCAGCUGUAGGGUAACCUCCAAGUAGGAGCAAAC